AUGGGUGGAAGUUCCCUCCAACUUCUUCUCACUUUUUUUCUCAUUUUGUUGUGCAUGAAACCAGCCCUUGGAAAUUAUUGGGGUGUGGGAGAUGCUAACCUCGGCUGCAAAGAGCAUGAGAGACGAGCACUUAUCAAGAUUAAAGAAGACCUUAUUGAUGAUUAUGACCAUCUUUCUUCCUGGAGUACUAAAGAGGGGAAAGAAGAUUGUUGCAAAUGGAGAGGGGUUCACUGUAACAACCAAACAGGCCACGUAUCCCAUCUCAAUCUCAGUAUCUCAGAUGUGGAACCUUUAAGAGGUAAACUAAGUCCUUUGUUGAGUGAGUUGCAAUAUUUGACUUUUUUGGAUGUGAGUUACAAUGAUUUUAAUCAUACCCAAAUCCCAAAAUCCAUUGCUUCUCUCUCAAACUUAAGACACCUUGACUUUUAUCAUGCUAAUUUCGGAAGAAAUAUUCCUUUUCAGCUUGGGAACCUUUCUAGCUUGCAACAUCUUGAUCUUGGCCGGAAUAAUUUUAAUGAGCCUGAAAACUUAGAGUGGCUCCGUCCACUUUCUUCUUUAAGUUUCCUUUGCAUGAGUUCCGUUAACUUGAGCAAAGUUAAUAAUUGGCUCCACGUAGUGAAUCAACUACCUUAUUUGACAGUCCUACUCUUGCAUGCCUGUAGUCUUCCGAAUAUUUUUCCUAUUCCCCAUGUUAAUUCUUCUACUUCUCUUGAUGUCCUCAAUCUCUCUUAUAACAAUCUCACUUUGUCUUCUUCAGCACUAGAGUGGUUGUUCAACUCCAAUAUCACUGUUGUCAAACUUUAUCUCUUUGAUAACCAAUUUCAAGGUUUAAUUCCUGAUGCUUUCAGCAAAAUACACUCUCUUGAACUUGUCGAUCUCGAUGGUAAUGAGUUUGAAGGAGGGAUACCAAAAAGCUUCAGUGGAAUGUGUAAUUUGAAAACAUUAUCUCUAUCUAGUAACAAUCUUAGUGAACAACUUCUAGGAAUUUUUCAUAACUUAACUGGGUGUGCAAACCACUCAAUAGAGGAAUUGUAUUUAGAUAACAAUCACAUCAUGGGAUCAUUUCCUGAUCUCACAACAUUUUCAUCAUUGAGAGUAUUAUUGCUUUCUCACAAUCGAUUAAGUGGGACAAUACCUGAAAGUUUGGGAAAACAAUCCAAUCUAGAGAUUUUAUAUAUUGGUGAUAAUCUAUUUAAAGGUGUUAUUUCUGAAGCACACUUCUCAAAGCUCACAAAAUUGAAGCUGUUUCAAAUAUAUAAUAACACACUGGUUGUCAACUUCAGCUCUAAUUGGGCUCCACCUUUUCAAUUAGAGCAGCUAUAUUUGGUGUCUUGUCAACUAGCCUCUGGAUUACCAAAAUGGCUUCAAACUCAAAAAAGUUACUAUUGGCUUGAUCUUUCUAAUUCUACGAUUUCAGACACUCUUUCCAAUUCAUAUUGGAUCUUCCCAACUCACCUGCACUAUAUAAAUCUGUCUCACAACCAAAUCAAUGGCCACAUUCCCAAUUUGGCAUUGGAGUCAUCCUUUCCCUUCGCCAUUGACUUGAAUUCAAAUAAAUUGGAAGGUGAAAUACCACCAUUUGUAUUUAAAGGGUCACAUUUGGAUCUUUCCAAUAAUAUGUUUUCAAAGCUAGCCUUGUCCUUAUGUGAAGCCAAUAAUAAUAGUUUGAAAUUUCUAGAUCUCUCCAAUAAUCACUUAUCAGGAGAGAUUCCUAACUGCUGGAUGCAUUUUGAAGGACUUAAAAUUCUUAAGUUGGCAAACAAUCAUUUUCAUGGAAAAAUCCCAAGUUCAGUGGGCUCCUUAAUUAAGAUUGAAACACUGGAUUUAGGCAACAAUAAUUUUAGUGGGGAACUACCUUCAACCUUGAAAAAGUGUACAAAGUUGAUAUUUCUUGAUCUUCGAAACAAUAGCUUGUCAGGACCGAUACCGAUGUGGUUAGGGAGAAGCCAUCCAAAUUUAGUUGUGCUUUUCCUUAGGUCCAAUCAAUUCUACGGAAGAAUGCCUUCACAUCUAUGUCAUCUAACACAUCUUCAAAUUUUGGACCUUGCUUUGAACAGAAUCACAGAAAGUAUACCAAGAUGCCUCAACAACCUUACUUCCCUGACCGAUACAAAGAGUCCCAAUGUAGCCAUUAACCAUUCAUAUGAAUUACUAUCUUCAAGAUAUGUUGAUCAAACAAUUUGGAUGUGGAAAGGAAGAGAAUACUUUUAUAGAAAUAUUCUUGCACUUGUUAAGGGCAUAGAUCUCUCAAGCAACAAAUUAAGUGAGGUAAUUCCAGAAGAAAUUGUGAUGCUUGAUGGAUUGAUUUCUUUGAAUCUCUCAAGGAACUUGUUGACUGGAAAAAUCACUUCAGAUAUUAAGCUGUUACGUUCAUUAGAAGUCUUGGAUUUGUCUGAUAACAAACUUUGUGGUGAAAUUCCUUCAACCCUUUCUCUUAUUGAUGGUUUGAAUUCCUUGAACUUGAGAAACAACAAUUUGUCAGGAAGAAUCCCAACAGGCCCUCAACUCAGUACCUUUAAUGCCUCUUCAUAUGAGGGGAACCCAAAUCUUUGUGGAUUCCCACUUCCAAAGAAUUGUUUGGGUGAAGAAACACCUCAAAAUCCAACCGUAAAUCCAACCGUGAAUGGAAGCAGUGGAGAUGCUAGCAUGCAAGACGAGAAAGAUGGGUUUAUAACCCGAGGAUUUUAUGUUAGUGCAGCCAUUGGAUUUGUCGUCGGUUUUUGGGGAGUUUUUGGCACAUUACUACUAAACAGGUCAUGGCGAUUAUCCUAUUUCAAGUUCUUGAAUAAUAUCAGAGAUCGACUAUACGUGAUUGGAGGAGUGACUAUGGCCAGAUUGCAAAGGCAACUUCAAAGCUAA